GGGAAGUUAAAAAAAACUCUCACACUCACACGUGUCAGGAGAUUAUGGUAGAGCUAAUUAGUACGUGAUAGUAUUUAAAGUUUAUUUUCUUUACGGUACCAUUUUCAUGGUGAUCAAGAAUGGAAUUUUUCAUGUGUUUUUCAAUACUGCUAUACGUUUGGAUUAAUAAUCUGAAUCAUGUUGUCUGCUAUGGGACUUUAAUAAUUACUUCCAAAACGAAAGUAGAAAGCAGUUCAAUAUAUUCCCAGGGAUUAUAUUCUGGAGACGCAAACAAAACAAUUGAUGGAAAUACGGCUCAGGAUUAUAAAAACUGCAUGCACACAGCCCUGAGCCAGUCAGAGGCCUGGUUAAAGAUUGAUCUUGGUAGCGUCUUCAAUGUGAAAAGUAUUAAAAUAUGGUACAGAAACGACCGUGGUGUAGGUACUACUAAAAGGCUGAGAGGAUUUUCUAUACUUGUGUCUAAUAACUCCGAUUUUGAUGUAAAUGACACAUGUUAUCAGGAUCCCGGCAACAUUCAUCUUGAAACAGUGCUUGAAGUAAAUUGUUCGAGGUCAGCUCAAUAUGUAAAGAUAUACACUAAUAAGAACAAUGAUGGGGGUGUUAUUCUUGAGAUCUGCGAGGUGAAGAUAUACGGGUGUGGACAUUGUGCUAAAAAUGCAGUUUGUGAUCAGGACAAUGGGUCCUGUCCUGGUGGACAUUGUGAACCAGGUUGGAAGCAUGCAAAUGACCUGAGAUGCGACCAAGAAUGUGAAAACGGUACCUUUGGGUUGUACUGUCAGUCCAACUGUAGUGACAAGUGUGCAAAAGGACAGUCAUGUAAUAAAGCCAACGGGUUUUGUCAAGGAGGAUGUGAAAACGGAUGGACAAUUCACAACUGCACUGAAAAUGAACUUGUGGUGUCCGGCUAUACCAGAACAAAGAGCAGUUCUGUUUACCAUUACAAUGGAUAUAUAGGAUACGCAGACAAGACAGUGGAUGGAAAUAUUGAUCAAAAACAAUAUAGUAAUUGCAUGCAUACGGAUAUAGGACAGGAAAAGGCUUGGCUUCGUGUUGACCUACGAAUUUUAUCCAUUAUUAGUUCUGUCAAAUUGUGGUAUAGAAAUGAUCAUACAAUUCCCAAUUUUAAUACAAGAAGAAUGAAGGGCUUUAAUAUACGUCUUACAAAUACAACUCGAAAGAAUCAACAGAAAAUAUGCUAUGAGGAUGAUGGAAAAAGUAAUCCACCAACAAUCAUCAAAGCAAAAUGUGAAGGAGUAGCCCAGUACGUAUGGAUUUACACCAAUAUAAGUUUUAAAGAUGGAGCAAUUCUUGAAAUCUGUGAAGUGCAGGUUUAUGGAUGCCCGUAUCAAGACAGUGAUGGAAAAUGUAUCUCUUGUGAUGGAUGUAGGAAAGAUUGUGACUGUGAAAACUUCGAUUGUAGAAAAGCUGGAUAUCGCCCUCAAAAUUGUUCAAGUAGUUUAAAAUGCACAAAUGGAACUUAUGGUCAUGGUUGUAAAUCUACUUGUGGACACUGUGCCAAUAAUACAGCGUGUGAUCACGUUCACGGAUCCUGUCCAAAUGGAAAGUGUGAACCUGGAUGGGAAAGCACUCAAGACUGGAAAUGUGACAAAGAAUGCAAGAAUGGGACCUAUGGUCAUGACUGUAAAGGAAACUGUGGACACUGCGCCAAUAAUAUUGUGUGUGAUCACAUUGACGGAUCCUGUCCGAAUAGGAAGUGUGUACCUGGAUGGAAAAGCACAGCGGGCGGGAAAUGUGACAAAGAAUGCAAGAAUGGGACCUAUGGUCAUGACUGUAAAGGAAACUGUGGACACUGCGCCAAUAAUACAGUGUGUGAUCACAUUGACGGAUCCUGUCCGAAUAGGAAGUGUGCACCUGGAUGGAAAAGCACUCAAGACACGAAAUGUGAUAAAGAAUGCAAGAAUGGAACCUAUGGUCAUGGCUGUAGUAGUACCUGUGGACACUGUGCCAAUAAUACGGCGUGUAAUCAUGUGACAGGUUCCUGUCCUAAUAGUAAAUGUGCACCUGGAUGGGAAAACACAGAGGGCGGGAAAUGUGAAAAAGAAUGCAGAAAUGGGACCUAUGGUCAUAACUGUAAAGAAAACUGUGGACACUGCGCCAAUAAUACAGUGUGUGAUCACAUUGACGGAUCCUGUCCGAAUAGGAAGUGUGCACCUGGAUGGGAAAGCACUCAAGACACGAAAUGUGAUAAAGAAUGCAAGAAUGGAACCUAUGGUCAUGGCUGUAGUAGUACCUGUGGACACUGUGCCAAUGAGAACGCGUGUGAUCAUGUGACAGGUUCCUGUCCUAACAGAAAGUGUGCACCUGGAUGGGAAAGCACAGAGGGCGAGAAAUGUGAAAAAGCAUGUAAACCGGGUUUGUACGGAAUGGAUUGUAGUCGUAGUUGCGGACAUUGUCAAAACAACUCCACAUGUAACCACGUGACAGGCUCCUGUCCUACUGGUUAUUGUGAACCAGGAUGGAAACAUACAAAAGAAAAGAGAUGUGAUCAAGAAUGUGAAAACGGUACUUUUGGAUACUACUGUAGAGGCAAAUGUAGUAGACACUGUGCUGAUGGAUUUCCUUGCGACAAAGUAGACGGUAUUUGUCGAGAGGGUUGUGCAGAUGGAUGGAUAAAUCCCCAUUGUAAUGAGUCAUGCACGGAAGGUUUGUAUGGAAGGAACUGCAGUCUCAAAUGUGGACAUUGUGCGGAAAAUAAAUAUUGUAACCAUGUGAAUGGUUCGUGUCCUUCCGGGAGCUGUGAACCAGGAUGGAAACAUACAGAAGAAAGUAGAUGUAAUCAAGCAUGUGAUAAUGGGACCUUUGGAUAUCAUUGUAUACAUACAUGCAGUGGAAACUGUGCAGGGGGUUCAACGUGUACCAAAGCCGAUGGGACAUGUCCACGAGGGUGUACAGAUGGUUGGAUUAAUGAACGGUGCAAUGAAACUUGUAGUAAGAAGUUUUAUGGUAAAGGCUGCAAAGAAAAUUGUGGACACUGUGGUGGUGCCGAAUCUUGUCAUCAUAUCGAUGGAUUCUGCCCCGGGCUGUGUGAACCUGGAUAUUAUGGGAAGAAAUGUAACACUGAAUGCUACAAUGGGACCUUUGGGCUGCGUUGCAAUUUUACAUGUAGUGAAGGUUGUGUUUCUGUCUGCAAUAAGAUUAAUGGGUCAUGUGAUCAUUGUCAUUAUGGAUACAUCGGAGAAUUUUGCAAUAUUACUGUUGCGGAAGUGCAGGCUCAGGAAUCCACGGCAGCUGCUGCAGGAGUAGGCGCUUUCUUGUUAAUACUGGUCAUUAUAGUCAUUGUUUUAGCAGUUGUUCUAGCAAAGAAAGCAAGACGGAAAAAGGAGGGUGACAUAGACUUACAAGAGAGAAAAGGGACAUCUAACAACGUUUUUCAAGAAAACAAUAUUGAUGACAACACAAAUAAAACUGAGAAUGCUGUUCCUAUAGAGGGCACAGAUGAUAUUGAGUACAUUGUCACAGAUAAUGGUCAAAUGAAAACACUUAUCAAAAUAGCUGACCUUGGAAAAAUAAUCAAAAUGUUCUCGAUGGAAGAAAAUAAGAAAUUCACAGAAGAAUUUAAGGGAAUACCGUACGGAGAACAGCAACACAUUCCAUGUUCCGUGGCUAAACUUCAACAAAACAUGCCGAAAAACCGAUACAAGACUACAUUUCCGUAUGACCAUUCACGUGUGGUAUUGAAUGUUUCUCCAGAUAACGACUACAUCAAUGCAAAUUACAUUAAGGAUGUAGAAGGGAAAAGGCGAUAUAUUGCUACACAAGGACCAAGGAAAAACACAGUACAAGAUUUCUGGGAAAUGAUUUGGCAAGAAAACAUCCGGGUGAUCGUCAUGGUGACCAAGUUGACAGAGGGAUCAACGGUAUUUUAUAUAAAACGAAAUUAUAUAAAUAUCUCAGACGCUUAUAAGCAUGCUUAA